UGGAUCCCAAUAAAACUUUGCAGAGCUCUAACCCCAGGCUGAGACUAAACAAUUAGCAAAGGAAGAGCCUGGUGAAGGAAGGAGAGGAAUGUGCCUAAACCUCUGAAAAAUCUCUAUUCCUCCUCUCGCCCUAGAAGGAGAGCAAAUGGCAAAUGUCCUGGAGAGGAAGGCGUGGAGUCGUGGCGAGCCAGAUGCAAACAGUGAAGUACCACAAAAGCAAAAAGAAAAAUAUUUACAUCCUGAUGCAGUUAUUUGGGUAGUUAAAAGCAGCAGCUUGAAGAGGAUUCAGGAUGCUGUGAUCCUCUUCAGCCGCAGCACUCACUUUCCUUACCUAGGGAGGGAAAAGAGCCCUCUGACCAGGGACGCUCUGCAGAGGGUACAGCUCCUCCAGGGACUGCUGGGACAUUCAAGGGGAUGUUUCCAAAGGCUGCUGCUAAUUUGGCAUGCCCCAGGAGCCUGCGUGCAUGAAGCUGUGGGCUAUCCACACGGGGAAUUGAAAAUCCUGAAGAAUGGCUCUACCUACCUCCAAGUAUCUGGCUGGAAGUUUGGGGUUUUUUCUGUUUGUAGCCUCUUCAAUAAGCACAGCAGAAGCAGCUGCCACAUGUCCCGACAGAGAUCCUGAGUUAGAAAUCUGGAACCCAGGUCACAAUGAAGAAAACCGUGUUGAAAUCCGCCAUGGCAGGAAGCUGCUUCUCUCUUCUUCUGCCACUGUCCACUCUAUCCACAUCACUGAUGGAGGGAAACUGGUCAUCAAAGACAAUGUGCAGCCCAUCAUUCUGCGUACAAGACAUAUACUCAUUGAAAAUGAUGGAGAGUUACACAUUGGCAGUGAGCUGUGCCCUUACCAAGGCAAUGUGGUUAUCAUCUUGUAUGGGCGAGCGGAUGACGGCAGCCAGCCAAAUCCUUACUUUGGACAGAAGUACCUUGGAGUCAGCAAAGGUGGCACUCUUGAGAUCCAUGGAAAGAAAAAGCUGUCCUGGACUUUCUUGAACAAGACUCUUCAUCCUGGUGGCAUGGAAGAAGGUGGAUAUUACUUCGAAAGGAGCUGGGGCCACCGGGGUGUCAUUGUCCAUGUCAUUGACCCAAAGACGGGGGCAGUUGUCCAUUCGGAUCGGUUUGAUACCUACAGAGCAAAAGAGGAAAGUAUCCGCCUGGCUCAGUAUUUGGGUAGAGUUGCAAAUGGCAUGAUCCUGUCGGUCGCAGUGAAUGAUGAAGGAUCCAGAAACUUGGACGACUUGGCCAGGAAAGCAAUGACCAGACUGGGCAGCAAGCAUUUCCUCCACCUUGGGUUUAGGCACCCAUGGAGUUUUAUCACCAUUAAAGGAAAUCCCUCUUCUUCUGUUGAAGACCACAUUGAAUAUCAAGGUCACAAAGGGUCAGCUGUGGCCAAAGUAUCCAAACUAUUCAAAGCUGAGAACGGAGACCAUUUUAACGUCUCCUCAACGAGCGAGUGGGUUCAAGAUGUAGAAUGGACAGAGUGGUUUGAGAAGCCUGACAAAGCGAGAUCUAAGGACAUGGAGAAGCUGUCUGACUUCAAAGCUGCUCAUCCUGAUAAAAUCUGCAGGCAGCCCAUUGACAUCCAGGCAAUGACGAUUGAUGGAGAGGAUUUAACCACGGAGGUGUUCUACAAGAGCGGCCACGAUUACCAGUUCCUGUGCCAUGGCAAGGACCAGACAGGCCAGGGCUGCCACAACUACAGAGUGAGGUUCCUGUGUGGCAAAUCCGUGAAACCAAAGCUCACGGUAACCAUUGACACCAACGUGAACAGCACGAUCCUGAAUCUGGUGGAUGAUGUGAGCUCAUGGAAACCUGGAGACAGGCUGGUGGUGGCAAGCACUGACUACUCCAUGUACCAGGCAGAAGAGUUCCAAGUGCUGCCCUGCAGAACCUGCAGUCCCACCCAGGUCAAGGUAGCAGGGAAAGCCACAUACCUGCACAUGGGCGAGGUUGUCGACGGCGUCGACAUGCGGGCAGAAGUGGGGCUGCUGAGCCGCAACAUCGUGGUGAUGGGAGAGAUGGAGCAGCAGUGCUACGAGUACAGCAGCAAGUUGUGCUCCUUCUUUGAUUUCGACACCUUUGGGGGACACAUCAAGAUUGGUCUUGGUUUUAAGGCUACCCACAUUGAAGGUCUAGAACUGAAAUACAUGGGCCAGCAGACCAUGGGGCAUUACCCAAUUCAUUUCCAUAUGGCUGGAGAUGUGGAUGAGAAAGGAGGCUACAACCCUCCAACGUAUGUGAAGGAUACCUCCAUCCACAACACCUUCUCCCGCUGUGUCACCGUCCAUGGAUCCAAUGGUUUACUGGUGAAGGAUGUGGUGGGUUAUGAUGCUCUGGGACAUUGUUUUUUUACGGAGGAUGGGCCAGAAGAGCGCAACACGUUUGACCACUGCCUUGGACUGCUGGUUAAACCCAGCACGCUGCUCCCCUCCGACCGCGACAGCAGGAUGUGCAAGCUGAUCACAGAGGGAGCUUACCCAGGCUACAUCCCCAAGCCCAGGCAGGACUGUAGCGCUGUAUCCACCUUCUGGAUAGCCAACCCACACAACAACCUUAUAAACUGUGCAGCUGCCGGAUCUGAAGAAACAGGCUUUUGGUUCGUCCUGCACCACGUGCCGACAGGCCCCUCGGCGGGCAUGUAUUCCCCCGGCUACUCCGAGCACAUGCCAAUGGGGAAAUUCUCCAACAACCGCGCGCAUUCCAACUACCGCGCUGGAAUGAUCAUUGAUAAUGGCGUUAAAACCACCCCAGCCUCUGCCAAGGACAAAAGACCCAUCCUGACGCUGAUUUCUGGGAGGUACAGCCCACACAAGGAUGCUGAUCCUUUGAAGCCCAGGGAACCUGCAAUAAUUGAGCGCUUUAUUGCCUACAAGAAUCAGGAUCACGGGGCCUGGCUGCGAGGUGGAGAUGUGUGGCUGGACAACUGCCAGUUUGCUGACAAUGGCAUUGGCCUGACCUUGGCGAGUGGUGGGACCUUCCCUCACGAUGACGGCUCAAAGCAGGAAAUCAAGAACAGCCUGUUUGUUGGUGAGAGCGGAAAUCUGGGCACGGAGACGAUGGACAAUGAGAUCUGGGGGCCUGGAGGUCUGGACCACAGGGGAAGGACCCUGCCCAUCGGCCCGGACUUUCCCAUCCGAGGGAUUCAGUUCUACGACGGGCCCAUCAACGUCCAGAACUGCACGUUCCGCAAGUUCGCGGCGCUGGACGGGCGGCACACGAGUGCCCUCGCCUUCCGCCUCAACAACGCCUGGCAGAGCUGCCCCAACAACAACGUCACCGCCAUCCGCUUCGAGGAUGUCCCCAUUACUUCAAGAGUCUUCUUUGGAGAACCUGGCCCGUGGUUCAAUGAUCUGGAUAUGGAUGGUGACAAAACAUCAGUUUUUCAUGAUGUAGAUGGCUCUGUGUCAGAAUAUCCAGGCUCAUACCUGAUCAAAGAAGACAACUGGUUAAUCAAGCAUCCUGACUGCAUUGACGUGCCCGACUGGAGAGGCUCCAUCUGCAGUGGGCACUUUGCACAAAUGUACAUCCAAGCCUACAAGCCAGCCAACCUGAAAAUGAAAAUAAUAAAAAAUGACUACCACAAUCACCCACUCUACUUGGAAGGGGCUUUGAGCAAAAGCACUCAUUACCAGCAGUAUCAGCCAGUUAUAACGCUGAGGAAAGGCUACACCAUCCACUGGGACAAGACAGCCCCUGAAGAGCUGGCCAUAUGGCUCAUCAACUUCAACAAGAAUGACUGGAUCCAAGUAGGGUUUUGCUAUCCUAAAGGGACGACAUUUUCCAUUCUCUCAGACAUCCACAAUCGUCUCUUGAAGAAAACAUACAAAACUGGAACCUUCUACAGAACGUCCCAAAUGGAGAAACUGGAGCACAGAUAUCCUACCAAAGGGUACUACUACUGGGAUGAGGACACUGGGCUGCUGUUUCUGAAACUCAAAGCUCAAAAUGAGAAGGAGAAAUUUGCUUUCUGCUCUGUGAAGGGCUGUGAGCGAAUAAGAAUCAAAGCUGUGAUCCCAAAGAUGGCUGGUGUCAGUGACUGUGAAGCCACAGCCUAUCCCAAGUACAUUGAGACACCAAUAGUGGAAGUGCCAAUGCCAAAGAAGCUCUCUAGUGCACAACUGAAGACCAGGGACCACUUAAUUGAAGUGAAAAUAGAAACUUAUAAGAAACAGUACUUCCACCUGAAGGAUGACUUUGCAUACAUUGAGGUUGAUGGUGUCAGGUUUUUCCUCACUGAAGAGGGUAUCCAGCUGGUUGUGAUUGAUGGACACCACGGAAAAGUUGUUGAUCGAGUAACAUUCAAAAACUCCAUUCUGCAGGGAAUCCCAGCACAGAUAGAGAAUUAUGUCAACAACAUCAAAGACCACUCCAUAGUGCUGAUGACAUCUAAAGGAAGAUUCAUUUCAAGAGGACCAUGGACUAAAAUACUGGAAAAACUUGGAGCAGGAGAGGGUUUUAGACUAAAAGAAAAAAUGGCUUUUGUCGGCUUCAAAGGCAGCUUCCGCCCCGUCUGGGUGAAGCUGGACACUGACGAGGACUCAGCUAAAAUCUACCAGGCACUGCCAAUUCCUGUGGUGAAGAAAAUGAAGCUGUGAGGACACCCUGCUGUGCCUGCUGGCCGCCAGCGCUGCCGCGUGGGACGGACGGACGGACGGACAGACUACUGACCGCUCUGCGCCGCCCUCGUAGCAUUUUGUUGUUGUUGUUGUUGCUGUUCAAAGAGAAAUCUCAGUGUCAGUAGCUCGAGUGGUGACGGCGACGCCCUGCUCCGUGGCCGAGGCCACCUGCGCGAGGGCCGAGCUGCGUCCCCAGGUGCUGCUUCUAUCAGCCCCCUGGCACAGACUGACGUUAGUGCCGCCUCUUGAAGGGGAGCUCUUGGCCUGAAGACCAUCCAGGAUUGUUGCUCCUACCGGCCUCUAAGUUGUCUGAAGACUUCUUCUUUUCCGUAGUGCAACUAGCUGCUCACGUAGACGUGGAAGGCCAGUUCAAAGGCUGGUUGACAAUCUGGGGUAGAAGGAGCGGAUUUGAGUGAUUACCUGGAUGCUGGGAAGCGUAACUGGACAGCAAGCUUUUCUCCUAAAGCUUCUGUGAGGUCUGAUCAAGCUCUUUGGGGUGUGUGUUGCACAUGCAGCCCACGGCACAUAGUUGGGGAAGAGAUGACAAGAGUGGACAAAACAUGCCAGCAGAGACUGAUGGAACCACCUAUUUCUGCUUCCUCAGAAAUCUGCGUCUUUCCUAUGGAUCAAGGGGUUUUAAUAGUGGUUGUGCAAAUAGGAAAUUUUCCUUCAACAAGCAGCUGCAGGCUAGAAGGAGAGCAAUGUCAAUUAGCACAAGUAUUUUCUCAGCCUUUCCCAUUCAGCCUUUCCCUCGGUGUAACAACAUGCAGGAUCAAUUCAUCGUUGCCAGCUAAACCCAUCCCAAUUCAAAGUUUCCAAUUUUUGACUAGGAAUACUGGGACUUACCUUAUUCAGCAGCAAAUAGGGUGAGCUGCCCUUACCUUUCCCAGGACAUCAGAGGGGACAGGACCAGACUGCUCUGCUGUGUGUUGCUUUCUAAUCCUGUCCUGAGGCUUAAUAUAUUAUGUCUUGGUCCUCCUGUAAGAAUUACUGGAAACCUGGAUGAGGUCUUUCCAGGUGGCUGAAGAAUUAAAGUGAGAAUCCCAAUGCACUAGUUGGAUGUCUUUUACCUCCUUUCCCCCUGCUUCAAACCAAUACCUGGGCACUGAAGGCAGGUCAGAGUGAAUCAGGACGUUUCAGGGGCAUCUCUUGAAGCUGGGAAAUUAAACAUUAUCUUGUAAAACACUGAGUGCAUUUCUGGUGUUCAGUGAUAUUUCUGUCAGUUGCCCGGAAAUACCACAAAGGCGUUUCUGGAGGCUGUGGCUGCUGUAAGAAAUCUAAGGGCAGGGGGGAAGUGUGAAAGACAUGACAAGAUUUUCAAAGAAUGUCAAUCUUGCCACUAAGACUUGAGUUUGUUUCCCCACUUUAUCUCUGCUUGUCCUCGCUGCCACAUAAAUUAUUCCAAUUGCUGAUGGCUACUUUAUUUAUGUAAUUAAGUUGUUUUUUUUCCCCACAGCAUCAAAAAUGCUACCUGGAAAUUAGACUAAAAAGCAAGGAUUUUGUGUGUCAUUCCAAAGGCUGGGCAGAUACUGGUUUAGAUCAGUUGCUCUGAAUGUCAAAGCAAGCAUGAACAAAAUUUAGAUAGUACUGUACGUUACAUUCCCCUCAAGCCUCUCCUGGGUUUUGAAACUGGAAACGUUCUUUUCAGACUUACUACAAAAUUGUUUUGAGUUCACUGAAUGUCAUGUGUAUUGUAUUAAAAAAAAUAAUUUAAAAAAAAAAAAAAGAAAGAAAGAAAAGAAAAAAAAAAAAAAAAAAAAAAAAAAAAAAAAAAAAAAAAAAAAGCCAAGCAUUCCCUCCCCGCUUCCCAACAAGAGUCUUGAAAUGAAUGCUCCUUAGGCAUCUGUGCCAUUUACAGAGUGAAUGGGCAACAUUUGUAGAAGGCAAAUAAGGUCAGCUGUUUAUUCCCCAAAAUUCUUAUGGUAGUUUGGGGAUUUCAUAAAUUAUUCCACGAAAGAGUCAGUCUCACUGGCGUUUCAACCAUGAUCAUGCAAAACGUUUAUCUGAUGUCCCAUGACGGCCAAAACAGUGCCAGAUCCGUGAAGUCAAGGGAAGAGACCAACAGGAAUUCCCUUGGGUCUGUCAGUUUGGGUUGUCUAAACCUUUUCCCUGCCCUGAGCCGGUGCUGUUGAUGCCAUUGCAGCAGUCUUGGUGGAACACGUUUGCUUCCAGGAGAUGGACCGGAGCAGUAUUUCCUUCAGGAGCACUUAGCAGAUGGUGGGCAGGAAAGCAAGGCUGGGGAUGUGCCUGGAGUGGGAUUUGGCUUUGUACAAGCUCCAGAGAUGGGGUUGCCCUCUGCAGUGCUCCACUGGCCGCAGCCAUUUCCCCUCUAAGAGUGUAACUCCCCAGAAGCAUCCCACCAGGAUCUAUCUCCUAGACCGCUUUGCUCCGCCUCUAGGAGCAUGCUGCCUUUGUGCUGAAGCGUGGCUUCUGAUUUUACUCUUUGGGGAAUCCUCAGGGUGAAAGCAUAAGAUUGGCUCCAGGAAAAGCUUUUCUUCUUUUUCUUUUUCCUUUCCUAAAAGAUUUCACCUUAUUAAGAGAGAAAACUCAAGCAGCUUGUCCCAUGAGCUUGUCCCAUGGGGCCUGUUUUGGAGCUGGGGAGGGUGUCCCGCUGUGAAUGCUGAGCAGGGAACCACUGCAGGCUGUGAGCCCCAGGGAGAGCAGAGCAUCCUGGCUGUGUGCAGGGACAGCCACGCUGGGGAAAUGCCCAGGGCUUCCCCUGACCUGCCCUGGAGCCAUCCCCGUGUCCCCUGGGGACAGAACAGGGCCUGGUGCCACCGCCAGUCAGCGAGAGCUUUGUGCCACAGGAUUCCUCUUUGGUCUCUGACUGUUUGGAAACUGCACAUCCUGCCCAGGGAAUUCCCCCGCUGCUCGCCCUCUGCCCACCCUGUACAGACCCUGCACAAGCUGCAGUGACCCUCUCUGUGAGGUUUUAUUACUGCAGAUGUUUCCGUGUUUGCCUACGCAGUUGCCAUUGGUGGAGUGGGAUUUUUUUUUUGGUCGCAUUUUGUUUGUCUCUUUGUUUGUUCGGAUGUUUGGGUUUUAUUGCCUCUGUUCAAUUGCUUGUUUUACCUGUCGCCGAAACAGCUGGUCCUUUUUCGGAGUUAGAUGUUUGUACAUUUUCUUAUAGACUUUCCAGUGAAAAAAAAAAAAAAAAAAGAUAUAUUUUCUAUUAAUUUAUUACAAUGGCACUAAGACAACUAAAUUGCAGACACAUGAAGCAUUUUUACUGGAGUUGAGCAUUGUCCAGUUUGUUAAGGAGGUUGGCAAUGUGUCUUUUCUGAUAGUCUGCCUUGCACUUGAAAGCUCUCUAUGUCCACAGACCGUGGUGGCGCAUUGACUGUUGGGUUUAUGAUGACAAGAGCUCUUGGGACGUUUUUUCCAAAAGAUUGUGGCUUACAACUGAAAUAACACGUAGUUGUUCGGAGUACACAAUGUUUAUCAAAAUAAAUAUUCAGUGCAAA